AUGGACGACGCAGAGCUUAAUGCUAUAAGAUCAGCAAGAUUGUCUGAAUUGCAGAAAAAUUCUGGUCAAGCACCGGCUGACCAAGGUGGAGAUAAAAAGGAUGAGAUGAAACUUUCGAUGUUAUCACAAAUACUCGAAACAAGCGCCAGAGAAAGAUUGAGCAGAGUAAGAAUUGUUCGUCCAGAUAGAGCUGAUGCAGUCGAGCAAUAUAUCAUCAAGUUGGCGGCAAUGGGGAAUAUUACUCGGAAAUUAUCAGAAAACGAUAUAGUGGAGAUUCUCGACGGUAUAUCACGAGAUGAAAAGAAGCAAACACAGAGCAAGAUCGUGUUCGACAGAAGGACCACAAGCAUUGACUCGGACGACGACGACGACUUCUUUGAUUAG